UUCUCAGAGUUUAAAAAGGUGAAGUUAGCUGCCAUUGAAUUCACUGAUUAUGCUAUUGUUUGGUGGGAUCAAGUGGUGAUGACUCGGAGAAGAAACAGAGAGCAACCUGUGUCCACUUGGGAGGAGAUGAAAGUGCUCAUGAGAAGGAGGUUUGUACCCAGCCAUUAUUAUAGAAGCUUAUAUCAACGGCUUCAAAGGUUAUCUCAAGGCUCCAAAAGUGUGGAUGAAUAUUUCAAGGAGAUGGAGUUGUCCAUGAUCCGAGCUAAUGUCAAUGAAGAUCGGGAAGCCACUAUGGCCAGGUUUUUACAUGGUUUAAACCCAGAAAUUGCUGAUAUUGUUGAAUUGCAGCAUUAUGUUGAGCUGUCGGACAUGGUCCACCAAGCACAAAAAGUGGAAGAACAACUCAAGAGGAGAGGAUUGGCUAGGAAGGGACAACCAAUGACUACUCACGGCCCAUGGCGAACAGCUCCAAGAAAGGAGGAACAACCUCAAAAUAAGCCAAAGUUACCCUUCAAGAAGCCCAAACCUACACCAUCUACUACUCAAGGUAAUCGCGAGCCCAUUUCCUCCAAAACUCGUGAUAUCAAGUGUUUUAAAUGUCAAGGGCAUGGUCAUAUAGCUAGUCAAUGUGUGAACAAAAGGGUGAUGGUAAUAAACGCUCAAGGUGAACUUGAGUCGGAAGAUAAGGAUGAAAUAGUUGAAGAAGUGCCACAAAAAGAGGACAGUGAUGAUGAACAACAUGCUGUUAUUGGAGACUUAUUGGUGGCCCGACGAGUUCUCAAUCUACAAGCUAAGGAGGAAGAAGGUAAUCAAAGGGAGAAUUUGUUUCAUACCCGUUGCUUUGUCAAUAACAAGGUUUGCAGUGUUAUUAUUGAUGGGGGGAGCUGCACCAAUGUGGCAAGUACUGAUUUGGUGGAGAAAUUAUCACUACCAACUCGGAAACAUUCACGACCCUAUCGACUCCAGUGGCUAAAUGAUUGCGGAGAAAUCAAGGUAACAAAACAAGUCUUGGUAGCAAUCUCCAUUGGCAAAUAUGAAGAUGAGCUGUUGUGUGACGUGGUUCCCAUGCAUGCAUGCCAUCUAUUGUUGGGAAGACCUUGGCAAUUCGAUCAAAAGGAAUUCGAGGAGGUCUUUCCUGAAGAGGUUCCGCAUGGUUUACCUCCCAUUAGAGGAAUUGAGCACCAAAUUGACUUCAUACCCGGUGCCUCCAUUCCGAAUCGACCUGCCUAUAGAAGCAAUCCGGAGGAAGCAAAGGAACUUCAGAGGCAAGUUAAUGAAUUAUUAGAAAAGGGGUAUGUUCGAGAAAGCAUGAGUCCUUGCGUCGUGCCUGUGUUACUAGUUCCCAAGAAGGACGGAACAUGGAGGAUGUUCGUGUUUCUUGGUUUUGUUGUUAGUGCUAAAGGCGUUGAGAUGGAUGAGGAAAAGGUGAAAGCAAUCCAAGAGUGGCCAACACCGACAACAAUUAGCCAAGUGAGGAGUUUCCAUGGUUUGGCCAGCUUCUAUCGAAGGUUUGUUCGUGAUUUUAGCAAUAUUGCAGCUCCUCUUACUAAAGUCAUCAAGAAAAAUGAGUCAUUCAAGUGGGGAGAGGAGCAAGAGAGGGCCUUCAACACUUUGAAAGAAAAGCUAAGUUCUGCUCCUUUACUAAUCCUACCAGAUUUUUCUAAAACCUUUGAAAUCGAAUGUGAUGCUUCUGGUGUUGGUAUAGGUCUCGUGCUUAUGCAGGAAAUGAGACUCAUUGCUUAUUUCAGUGAGAAGUUGAGUGGAGCCACUCUCAACUAUCCCACAUAUGACAAGGAAAUGUAUGCAUUGGUGAGAGCAUUGGAGACAUGGCAACAUUAUCUAUGGCCAAAAGAAUUCGUGAUUCACACAGAUCAUCAAUCUCUAAAGCAUUUGAAGAGCCAACAUAAGUUGAACCGACGCCAUGCUAAAUGGGUAGAAUUCAUUGAGACAUUUCCUUAUGUGAUCAAAUACAAGCAAGGAAAGGAGAACGUAGUUGCUGAUGCACUAUCUCGAAGGCAUGAUGGGUUUUUAUUUCGUGAAAAUAGAUUGUGUGUGCCUAUGUGUUCGUUACGUGAAUUAUUCACUAGGGAAGCCCAUGGUGGUGGAUUGAUGGGUCAUUUUGGCGUUACUAAGACUUUAGGGGUUUUACAGGAUCAUUUCUUUUGGCCUCAUAUGAAACGCGACGUGGAAAGAAUUUGUGAGAAGUGUAUCACUUGCAAACAAGCAAAAUCUAAAUUGAAACCCCAUGGCUUGUAUACUCCUUUACCUAUACCUAGUGAACCUUGGACUGAUAUCUCAAUGGACUUUGUUUUGGGAUUACCCCGGACCAAGAGAGGGAGAGAUUCAAUUUUUGUUGUGGUAGACAGAUUCUCUAAAAUGACGCAUUUCAUUCCAUGUCAUAAAACCGAUGAUGCAUCGCAUAUAGCUGAAUUGUUCUUUAAAGAGGUUAUUAGGUUGCAUGGCAUGCCUAGGACCAUUGUCUCUGAUAGAGAUGCAAAUUUUUUGAGUUAUUUUUGGAAGACUUUGUGGGGGAAAUUAGGAACUAAAUUGUUAUUCUCUACUACUUGUCACCCCCAAACUGAUGGGCAAACUGAAGUGGUCAAUCGAACCUUGUCCUUUUUACUUCGUGCGGUCAUUAACAAGAAUUUGAGAAUAUGGGAAGAUUGUCUACCUCAUGUUGAAUUUGCUUACAAUAGGAGCAUACAUUCUGCGACUAAAUUUUCUCCAUUUGAAAUUGUUUAUGGUUUCAAUCCCUUGUCACCAUUAGAUUUGAUUCCUUUAGCUAUAAAAUGGGUUUGGUUGCACCUCCGAAAGGAGCGAUUUCCGGACAAACGUCGUUCUAAACUUCUACCUCGAGGGGAUGGCCCAUUUCAAGUGUUAGAGCGCAUCAAUGAUAAUGCCUACAAACUU